ACCGAGAGCUUAAAACUAUUCAGCGGAAACAUGGACCACAUCACAGAGGGGUAGAGGUAGACCCUGCUGCUGAGAAGAGCUCAUCUCUGGAACAAACUGAGAAAGCAUCUCGGCUGGUGAGUCAUUCGUCAUCUUCUUAGUAGAACAGACACCAUGGCUGAUGACGACUAUUACGUAGACCCUGGGCUCUUCAAUUCUUCCCUGAACAACAGCCAGGAGCACACAUACUUCCUGCAGUUCAGAAAGAUCUUUCUGCCCUGCAUGUACUUGGUGGUAUUUGUCUGUGGCCUGCUGGGGAACUCUCUUGUGCUGGUCAUAUACAUCUUCUACCAGAAGCUGAAGAGCCUGACAGACGUGUUCCUGGUGAACUUGCCCCUGGCCGACCUGGUGUUCAUCUGCACUCUGCCCUUCUGGACCUACGCGAGCAUCCAUGAGUGGGUCUUUGGCCAGAUCAUGUGCAAAAUCCUGCUGGGCAUCUAUACUUUGAACUUCUACACGUCCAUGCUGAUCCUCAUCUGCGUCACUGUGGACCGCUUCAUUGUGGUGGUCCAGGCCACCAAGGCCUACAAUGAGAAGGCGAAACGGACGAGCUGGGGCAAGGUCAUGUGCCUGUCCGCCUGGGUGGUCUCCCUGCUGUUUUCCUUGCCGCAGAUCAUCUACGGUGAUGUGGAACAUUUGGACAGGUACAUCUGUGGUUACCACAAAGAGGAGAUUUCCACUAUGGUCCUUGCCAUCCAGAUGACCCUGGGGUUCUUCCUGCCACUGCACGUCAUGAUUGUCUGCUACUCAGUCAUAAUUAAGACCCUGCUUCGUGCCCGAGGAUUCCACAAACACAGAUCUCUCAAGAUCAUCUUCCUGGUGGUGGCUCUGUUCCUGCUGACCCAGAUGCCCUUCAACCUGGUGAAGCUCAUCCGCAGCACGAGCUGGGAGUACCACAGCAUGCCCAGCUUUCAGUAUGCCAUCAUCGUCACUGAGGCCAUCGCCUACCUACGGGUCUGCCUUAACCCUGUGCUCUAUGCCUUUGUUGGCCUGAAAUUUCGAAAGAACUUCUGGAAGCUUGUGAAAGACAUCGGCUGCCUCCCUUACCUGGGAGUCUCGAGGCAGCGGGAUUUUUCAGAGACCACUUCCAAGACGUGUUCUACCUCCCACCAGGCGGAGGCCACCAGCAUGUUCCAGCUUUAGGCCUGGCCAGGCUUGGAGAAGCGACUCAGAAACUGGCAGGAGCA